AUGACGACCCGUGGCUACGACCUCCCCUUUUGGGUGGAUCUGGAUACCCUUGACCGUACAACUUUACACGAGAAACCGAGUCCGCUCAGAGUUACGGGAUAUAACGAGAACUUGCGACAAGAUACCCAGCAUGCAGAAAAUUCAUUCAAAUACAAUAGCAUGAAGCACUGCCAAAGCUUCCAAGGAGACGGGCCACUGACGGUUGCCAAGAGACGAAAGGUUGACACACAGCCAUCAACUACAGGAAAAGAGAAUGUGAGGACACUCAAUAACAAUUCGACCCCGAAUGCUUAUACAAGCCGAAACAUGCAUGAGGCCAAGUACGGGACGCAAUAUGGUAGUUCGCCUCGAUUUAUUGGAGCCACACCUUCGACGCAACUAUCAGUCAAGAAGAAGAGACAAGCACAGGUACAUACGAGGGCACAGCUCGACCAGAACCGCUCAGGAUCUCCUUUCUCAUGCAAUACUUUGCCGGCGGCAUACGAGAUGCGACGCCCUGCCAUGAUACGCCCACCAUUGAGCAACAUAUAUGACAGAGACUGUAUGCUCAAGGAAGAGUUGCCCUUUUCGUCUCGUACAAUAGGCCAAACAGAGUAUCUUUCACCCCCUGGAAGCCACUUUCCAUCAUCGUCAUCACCACUUGAUAGCUUCACCACCCUGCCGCGUACGAUGGAGGUAUCUUACCAGGCACCAAACAUCAAAAUUACACCGGAAGUGACCGCUAUCGAGGCGGGCCGUGACACGUUUUGGGUAGCUAUUGAGAUCUCGGCUACCCCUAGGCUUGAAAAGCCAUCUGAGCAUGACUGCCUUCGCGAUCUGAAUGUUCAAGUCCUACCCACAGAACGGUCGUCGAUCGUUCGGAUUUUACAAGAACAGCCGUUUCCCCUUGACCGCCUGGACCCUGGAUCCAGUAUCUUCCUUCUAGUCAAGAUAAGAGUCCAUGUCGCUAAAGGGAUGCAAAAAGAGAGACAAGAAUAUACAUCCCAAGAGAUUGAUGACUUGAUAGAAGCACUCGAAGAGGAGCUCGGCGACUCUACCGUGAGCUAUAUGACGGUGCGAAUGUCACAUCGCCUUUCAGCCUUUCCAGAAUCUCACGAUAUGGGAAGCAUGAGCGGCGAGACGCUCACCAUGAACAGCAAGAUCGAGACAGUGGCCACGGCCUCUGUCAAAGUACACAAUGCUAUGUCACUUUGGUCUCCUGCACCAGUUUCAGAGCCCAAUCCGUUGUUACCACUGAUCGAGAGACACUAG